AUGGUUUUUGAUGUCGCGCGACGUCAUUUCGGGGUGCAAAACAGAAAAAAUACAGCUGAAUGUCAAUUGAAACGGUGAGUCGACAAUGGUUUUUUUUUUCGCGAGAGGAUGAUGCAGAUCAAAAAAAGAACCGAAACUCAGCGGGGCAUAUAAAUUAUGAAAAAACAAAUAGUUUUCGCGUUUGGAAACGCUUGUUCCAAACUUUUUUCUCGCUUUUUUUUUGUUGAUUACAGCCUUCUUGAAAUUUAAUUUAAGGACUUUGAACUAUAUUGGCAUAUAUGCUAUGCAUAGCUAGAUCUUCAUAAAAGUUUAAAAUGAAGAUUUUAACCUUGACAUUUUAUAAUUGAAAAUGGAAAAAGUCGUAAUUAUAUCAACAGUGCUAUUUUCUAAAUUCCUGUAUAGUUGAUUUUUUUCUUUUAUGAGCGUCUUUCAUUUUUUUAUUUCCAUAUAUUGAAGGAUAAAAAAAUAGGGAAAAAUCUAGUACCUGUAAGUAUUCAUUUGUCACGUUUUUUUAAUUUUCCACCUUUUUUUAUUAUAUACACAUUUUCCUUAAAAUCCGAAAAAAAUCCUUCUUCGAAUGUUCACAAAAAAAUUGUUGAUUUUCUGAUAAACAAUCUUGAUUUUUUUCAAACGAAAUCUUUUAUUAUUCAAAAAAACAUCACCAUAAAACUUUUUGAAUUCACAACUUCUCGAACAAAAACUAUGAAGAACUUUUGGAAAAUGUUUUUUUUUUGAAAACAAAGCCGUAAAAUUUAAGUUGGAAAACUCAUCGAAUUUUCUCAACUCUCAGCUUUUCUGCUGAUAAAAAAUUGUUGAAACUAACACUCAUGGAAUAUAAAUGAAAUGUCUAAGAAAUUUGUACGCCAAGACUUUCAAUAAAAGUGUUUUACUAAAAAUCAUUGAAUGGAUCAAUCGGGAGAAGGAUACAAGCAGCAAAGUCCGGCGUAUGCUAAUCGGUGGUUGUUUAUUAGCUACCGAGUAUUAUAUCUGUGAUAUAGUCUGUGUGCCACGACUUGAAAUUUUACGGAACGAUAUUCCGCUGUGCCGCUGCGCGCCUUUGCGAACCUUGGUCGCGCUUUCAAAAUUUUUUUUUUCUUUUAUCAAGGUACUCUACUUUCAAGUGCUCCCACAGAAAUAAACACAGCAGAAUGUCGUUCCGUGAAAUUUCAAGUCGUGGAACACAGACCAUAUCUGAAUAUUACAGUGUAGGCUCCUGAAUUUAGCGUUUUCGACCAGAUGGAAAAUCGGCCGUUUAUCGAGCACCAGUUUUUGUUAACCGUUUCAAUAUCUUAUUGGCUAGCGCUGAACAAAAAAAAAUACCUGGAAAAAAAAAUAUCAGAUACUCACCCGGUAUACCCAGGUACAAUGGAGUUAGUAUCCGGUCGCUUAUAAACGACCACGGACUACCUUUGAUGUAGCUGGCCGGUAGCUGCUAGUACUUUCUCCAACUGACUACUGAGUGAUCAAACUAUUGAGUUAUUCCAAAUACGAUUUGAAGCUCCCACUUCGAAACUCUUAUCAAAAUACCUUGUUCACCAACAACAAUUAGUACACUGCCCAGUUCACCAGAACUUUCCACUCUGCCGACAAAUAACCAAACAUCCAUGCCAAACUUUUACUUGUAUAUUUAUUUUCCCAGUUUUUGAUGGGCUAUAAUAUAAUAAAAUAGAUGUGUAAAUAAGUAUACAUUUGGAUGUAUGAAUCAUUUCCGUUCGACAUCGAACUCGCCCAUUUGAUGUCAUCUCUUUUUUCGCUUUCAUUUUAUUCGCUGAGUCAGGUUUCAUGUAUUGUGGUGUGACACAGGUAACGGUUAUGAUGCUGAGUCAACUUUUUUAUUCGAGCAAGAAAUACUUGUAACAAUCAUAUCAGUUAACUUCCCUCAAUCAAAAUGCCGAAAACUGUGAAAAAAAAAAACUUCUGCCACACUCCUAGAUUGCCUUCUAGAGAAGUUAGGCAUUUGUUGACAUUUGAAAUCACAAAUACUUCACCUGUAUUUGGAACAUGUUGUGAACUUUUCUUUUUUUUUUACUUAUUAUAUGUUCUACGGGUUUUAUUUAGAUGCUUCUUUCAGAUGGAGUACAAAAAGAUCCGAAAGGAAAGAGAAAAGUUCAAAAUGAAAAAAAAGCCAAUCAUCGUGCAACACAUCAAAAAUCAUCAAAAAUUCAUAUUUUCCUUUCUUUAUUCUUGUAUUUACAGAAUUUUCCUUUCAUUUUUAACGGCCUCUCUUUUUACUUCCUUGUAUAAAAAUUCUCUGUAAAAUUUCCCAUAAAUAGGCUGGUUUUUCAGAUUUCAAACCUCAGAUUUCUUGCUAAACCUCACCAGUUGUUCUAUAGAUAUCUCGUCGCCUUCAUUUCUGCCACCUGCAAAACUUUCAUCGAGAUUGGCAAGGGUGACGUAAACUUCAUUAAGAAAAUUCUCAUUCAUUUCAAGAAAAUUUAAAGUUCACCUCUUUAAAAAAGAACUAUUCUAGCGCUCUUUCAUCAAAAAACUGAUCAAGGUGAAUCUUGGUUUUCUUCAAUCAGUUUAGGCUUGUCUAUAGUCAAUUUUUCCGGUUUGAAACUCGAUAUAUGUAGAUCAGUUGGGUUUUUUACAGCCGUGGUUCCACGGUGGCUCGAGUUUCCCAUGAAAAGCCCUGAAUGGCCAACUUCAAAUGUUCAUCCUGAAAUUCGAGCACGAGGCCAAACUUAUCAUUGAAAUGAUUUCAUAGACAUUUCUGUUUUUUUUUCAAAAAAAUCCUUUGGCAAACUCGAAACUCACUCCAUAACCUCCCUACCAGAGAAUUCCUCCACAAAAACGACCUUUUCUCCAAAACUCUUCCCCUCAACCAUUUCACGGCAGACAAGUAAACAACCAAACCGACUAGCAAUUUCCAAAUAACUCUAAAUAUUUGUAUUUGUGCCACUCUACUCGCAAAUUUUUUGGCGAAACGGUCGAAAACGAGGAAGAAUCGCUCGAAAAAAGAGCUCACGCAAAUAUUGACGGAUGAGGGCGCCGAAGCGAAAUGGGCGGAGUCUGCGUUAAAAUACAUUUUGAUACGGUCCUUAAGUAUAAAUAACGGGGUCGGAAACUCUGGAGCUACACUGAAUUUCCUCAACAUUUCUGCUUCCUCUCUUAAAGUUCAGAAAAUAUUUUCCCCAGCUUCAUCUAUAACUCUUUUUGUCUUCAUCCCAGCUUCAUCUAUAACUCUUUUUGACCCUUCUUUUUCUAGAUUUUGAAAAAUUAUCAGAUUUUAGAUCCUCCACGCUGACACUUCUGACGGAACAUUUUUUUUUCUUUUUUCAAGUGAUAACCUGGGUAAUCUCUAGAUGGCUUAGAAUAAUCUGAACAUCCCUCCAAGGCGGCUUAGCCGUGCGUGUUUUUGGCCUUUUCUUUUUAUGGGAGAUUCUUAAAACAUUUUGUGGAUCAAAACUUUAUUUGUAGACUGAAAAAUCGUAAAUAUUCCACUUGCCGAAUUCAAAAUUUCAAAGCGAUUAGUCUGCAUUUUUCAACAUUUCCAGAUAUUCUAGUAUCUCGCUGAACAUUUCCAAGCUUCUGCACUUUUUUCUAACAAACAACUUUCGAGUUUUCUUCCGUACUUCUGAAACUUCGUGAUAUUUUUUUCAUAAUUUCACAAGGUGAAAAUCAAAUAAACACAUCUGAUUAGCUCCUUAUGAAAUGCUGAAUUUUGGCCUCUAAAAUGACUCUUUGGUCUGGCCACCUUCUUCUCAAGUUACACCUCUUCGAAUUCUCUCGAAAAUGAUGAAACUCGCGAAUACCUUCUCAAGUAUUUCCUUCUAAAUCAUGAUUUCCAGAAUGCAAGCAUCGACCAUCGUCCUUCUCGCUCUGACCAUCGCCUCAGCCGAAGCGCUUCUGGGUAUCGGCCGCAAACAAUCCGUGGCGGUGAGCGGCCGACUCAUCUGCAACGGUGCUCCAGCUCAGAACAUCAAGCUCAAACUCUACGAGAAGGAGACGAGUCAGUAGUUCAGGCUCCGAUUCCAGCUUCAUCUCCAACUUUCAGCCUUCGACGUGAAGAUGGACGAAGGACAGACUGAUCAAAACGGUCAGUUCCGCCUCGCCGGCUCCAAGACCGAAAUCUCGACCAUCGACCCCAAACUGAACAUCUAUCACAAGUGCAACUACAACGGAGUGAGUGCUUAAAGAAAAAAUAGAGUAAUCACUCUGAAGAAGACAUGGUCAGUAGACACUCUAGAGUCCCGACAAGAAACCAUUUCUCCAAAAGUGGUUUUACUUUUAUGUUAUUUGAGAUGAAAAAGCUCUCAAUUAGCUACUUAACGCAUUUAGAACUGCAUGCUCAAACAGCCCCUCCAAAUUUACUUUGGAUGAGUUUCAGCUCUGCUACAAGAAGAUCGGCAUCACCAUCCCGGACAACUUCAUCUCCAGCGGAGCCAACCCAACGAAAACCUACGACAUCGGAACUUUGAACCUCGCCAACCAGUACACUGGCCAAACGACCGACUGCAUCAAUUAA